UUUUUGUCACCGCUGAAACAUGGCUUGUACUAUUAUUUUUCCACGCUGGAAAACGAUAAAAGGAUUUUCCGUUCUUAAGCUUUAUGCCACUUCUAUCGUGAGAACGACUAUUGCAGUUUAUAACACAGCAGGUAGACGGCAUCUUGAACACUGCGUUCUUCCCUCCAUGCAAUCAAGUCUGGCGCCUUCUGUUUGUGCCGCGGAUUCCCAAAAUGCUUUGCGUUCACCACUGGUAAUACGUCACGAUGACAUCACAUUAGCAAUCUCUAUUACCAUUGAAAUAAAAUCAGACCUCUCUGCCAUCGUCGUUCAAAACCAGUUUGAUUUUUUUCAUCGGUGAAACAACAUUGAGGGAGGAGAGGAUCGUGAUUGUAAUAUCUGAUGCAUUGUUUCCGUCCCUUUGAACUAAUAUUUAUUUUCAGCAGGUUUCAGUUUCUCUGCAUUUAUGUUUGGAUUCUGAUGGUUUAUUGAGGCUAAAGCUCCAGCCAAAAAUGGGUUAUUUCUGUGGUGGGCGACUUAUACAAAUCUUGGAGUGACUUGUGGCAAGAAAACGCACAUUUGAAGAACACUCUUGAUUACAUUUUGAAGAACAGAUGAAAGAAAAGCCAUUGAUUCGCUGUGUAUUCAGAGGUGCUCUUCCCCCAUAAGCGCAUCACUUCUCAUGGAACACGCAUGCAGUGUGCUCACUGUUUCUGCUGUUUCCGUAAUCUGAAAAUAUUUCCAACUGCAAGAAAAGAGUCGUCCAUGAGAACACGGCAAAUGAUCUCAGACCAUCUCAAGAGGCAAUCUUCCAGCUGAAGGCAAGGCGGAGGCCACCUGUAAUGUGGGCAUACCCACGAUCUGGCCACUGGUGGGACACAAUUGUUCCGGAUUUCACCCCGUUACAAUUCAUGCAGAAUUUCCUUGUAUCCCCAGAAUCGUUUGAGUACAUCUGCAGUCAGGUCAAGCAUGCCAUGGGGAGAAGGAACACAAACUACCGUUUGUGUGUCCCAAUCCGAAAGCGUGUGGCAAUUGCCAUCUGGAAACUGGCCACGGGUGGUGAAUACAGGACAAUCAGCCAUCUUUUUGGGGUAGGCCUCAGCACUGUAUUUAUUUGUGUUCAGGAAUUCUGCAACACAGUCAUCAAGGUGCUCCUUCCCAUCCACAUAAGAUUUCCUGAUGCUGAAAAGUUGUUAGAAAUGGCCACUUUCUUUAAUAAUCGUUGGAGAGUUCCACAGUGUGUGGGUGCAAUUGAUGGCAGCUACAUUCCAAUAAUUGCACCAGAGGACUAUCCACGAGACUAUUUCAAUCGUAAAGGCUGGCAUUCUAUUGUUCUGCAAGCAGUUGUGGAUGGCAAAGGUAUUUUCUGGGAUGUUUGUGUUGGCUAUCCAGGGAGUGUGCAUGACGCCCGAGUGCUACGACAGUCACAUUUGUGGGAGGCCCUAAGUGACGGGGAAUUACUAGGGCAAAACAAAGUGACCAUCUCUGGCUGUGAUGUUGGACAUUACCUGAUCGGUGAUCCGGCGUACCCCAUGCAGAAUUGGCUCAUGAAGCCCUUUUCCGACACUGGCAGACUGACCCCUGAACAGCACACCUACAAUUACAGGCUGAGCAGUGCACGAUCGGUUGUGGAGAUGUCUUUUGGGAGAUUAAAAGGACAAUGGAGGUGCCUCCUAAAAAGAAAUGACUGCAAGCUGGAGCUGAGCAAGAGGAUUGCACUGACCUGCUGUGUGCUCCAUAACGUUUGUGAGGAACAUGGUGAUAAUUUCACUGAAGGGCACCCAGACAGGACUCUAAACAUUGAGCCUCCUGUUCAGACAUUACCUGAGCGUGCGAACACAGAAGGGGCUGACAUCAGAGCUGCAUUAAUGAUGAAUUUUAACGGAGGGAACGAGUGAUUCUUUGAAUACACCAAUGCCAUAUUUUUGUAACACUGCCGUUUGUGUUUGAGGACAUCUGCACUUUCAUAAAUUGUAUUAUAUUCUCAUCCAUUGAAUAAACCCUAUUAUCUCUAAAACUAUGCAUUUUGUGAAUAAUUUCAUUUGGAUUUUAGUCAUAGUUAAUGUUGAAAUGUUAUAGAAUUUUAUAUGCAGCUAAUCGCUUCACCUGAUUAACAUGUUUAAUAUACACAUUAUUUAUGAAAAUACACCAAAUCACAUAAAAAAAAAAAAAAAACACAAACCAUAUAUGAUAUUUGCCUAAGUGUUAAAGAAACUUUACCAGACAUUUGUAUUAAUAAACAUGUUUAUUUAAACAAAACCAACCAAUACAAAUCUUUAUCAAACUUUGAAAAUGUAAAGUGCAGUUAAAUAAAAAAAUUUACAUAAAAAGCAGCAACCAAAAAUACUGUGGUGGUAUAUUUGCAAUCAUUUUUGCAUUUGUGCCUCCAUUACAGCCACCAUGUGCCCCAUGAGUCCAAGCAGAGAAUGUGUGUCCGCUCUCAUGUCCUGACGCAAGGCACCGUCCAUUUCUUUGCUGUGCUGCAAGAACCUCUCAUCUGCCCUUUCCAAAUAUUGCACCAGUUCUGAGGGACUGUCUCUCUUCCUUUUUCCUGUGUGCAACAAUAAUAGCAGAUGACAGAUCAUCAAUGAUGUGUCAUAGCAUUGCAAAUAAUUGUUUUCUGCAGGGAAUUACGGGUAUGCAUCUGCUAUAUUAGUUAUAUAAAAAUAGCAUCAUACUACAUCACUAUCACUUCAGAUUUUGCUCAUGUCCAUAAAAAAGCAUCAACAUUAUAUUGUAUAUAGCAAGUUAAUAACUUUUCGGGGCUGGCAAGUUUCAAUCCCUGAAGAAGCCUAUGGACUAGUGGAGGAGUGAUCCAGCUCUCAGAUUUCAUCAAAAAUAUCUUAAUUCCUGUUCCGAAGAUGAAGGAAGGUCUUACGGGGUUGAACAACAUGAGGGCGAGUAAAUACUGACAGAAUUUUCAUUUGUGGGUUAACUAACCCUUUAAAUGAAGAAAAAAUAUAAACAUUUCAGUACCUGAUAAUAUAUAGUAAUAUACAGUCACAUCUCAAUGUUUGCAUCAUGUAUGAUGUGACCAUUUGCACACCAAGUCUUACCCCGUUCUGAAGACGCUUCUCCAGAGCUGCUACACGACGGCACGGGAGAGCUGCAGCCCAGCGGUUGCGGCAACUCAACGUUGUCAUCAUCACGGUCGGUGAUGGCAGACAGUUCUAUAAAAAAAAAACAAGACAGUGCUUUAAAAAAUAUUGUCCAUUACACUUUACACACUGUUCUGUGGUACUUUAUACAAUGAAAUCACAGAUAAUACAAUCCUAGCUAGACACAUUGCAAACACUGAUGUAAGAAAUUAGAACCUCACUAAACAGCUAAGAAACAUGCUCGGAACAAGUAAAAUAAUCUAAAAAACAGAACUUACCAGGAUCGGUGCAACUUUGCUGUAGCGAAUCAUCCACCAUUGUCUCGAGCAUUAUUGUUGACGAGUUUAGCGCCCCGGUCACCUGGCAUGCCGGCCUAUCGCCGAGAACAGAGUCGAGAACGUCGAAAUGUGGGUUUCGACGAGGGCGACCAUUGCUGCUUCGACCGAGGUCCUUUCUUUGGUCCCUGUAGUCCUUCUUUAGUUUUUUAGUUUGUUGCUUAUCUGUUGGAGGUUCCGGUCGAACCCCGCUACAGCCAUCUCUCGCUGAAUUUGCUGCAAAACCGGUUUCGUCCGCGAAGCCCCGUCUAACUUACCCUGGACUUCUGCAGAGGACCAGAGUGCAACAAAGCAGCUUGUUUCCUCCUCUGACCACAACCGUUUUUGUUUAAUCGCGUCCAUUGUGUUUAUCUGCUAAUUCAAAAAUGGCGGCCACAAGUUUCUGUUCGUCUUGAUGGUCACGGUAACCCCGCUGACGUAAGCGGUUCUUACUUCUAGACCAGCAAUGAUUUGGUGCUACUUAAGAACCACUUUUACUGGUUCGGAGCUGGUGCUUUGGUGGUUGAAAAACAAAGAACCGAUUUGAAACUAGGCUCUGGCUCCGAUGUCGACCUUAGAAAACGGUGGCUCGUGAACAUACGCCGAGACAGUUUUUCUGCUUCCAGUCGCACGAAAGUAUGUAGCAGACAUUUUACCAGCGAUCAGCUUAUUGAACCUCAGACAACAAAUGGUAAGAGAAGGUUAGUACCUGGUGCGGUGCCAGUACUUUUUGCCUGGAAUGAAUACACUAUUCAACAACCGCGGCCCAGUGUGUGGGAGAGGAGAGAGAGACCUGUUGAUGCUGUCUACGCUGAGCCCGUGCCUAUAAAUAUAACGAUGGAUCAUGAUUACUGUGACGUUCCUGAUCCAUCAUCAUUAUACGUGGCUUGUGCUAAAAUAGAAGAACUCUCCCAUGAAAACGAGGAGCUGAAGAAACAGCUACAGGAGUUAAAGAUUCAGCAUGAUUUCGGAUUGCAGAGGUUUGCUGGCUCCGACGAGGACAUUCGAUUUUACACCAGGUAAGUUAACGUUAAGUCUUUUGUUUGCUAUAGAUAAAACCCAUUAUAUGCAGGUAUAAAAAAUGCACAUUAACAAGUUAGGUGAUUAUAUAUUUAAGUUAUUCACAUUAACAUUUUAGGUGAGUAUAUCAUAUAUAUAUAUAUAUAUAUAUAUAUUCACCUAAAAUGUUAAUGUACACUAGGUUUAUGUGCACACACACACAUAUAUAAGUAUACAUAAUACUUGAAGCUGUGCUUAUGCUAUAUCUUCAAACAGGUUCCCCAGCUACCGUCACCUGAUGUCCUUUUGGUGGCUAAUCGAACCUUCCAUCCACAAAAUAAUUUGUGUGUCCAGGUUCAAAGCUGCUGCUAGGAAAAAUGAAGAAAUUACACAUGCACGGCCAUCAGUGCACGGCUGCGAGUGCAUGUGGAACGGGUCAUCAGGAGUAUCAAACAAAAUAAACUGUUUGAUGGGGUCAUCCUGCUUUCCCAUACUGUAAACAUCAAUCAGCUCUUUACAGUUGCAUGCCUGUUGUCAAAUUAUCAGAACAAGGCAUCAGAUAAGACAUGGGUCAAAUAAUGUCCUGUCAUUUCUACUCUUCAGUAAAUAAAACAUAGGCUAGUUGUUAAUAAUUGACUUUAUUCUUGACAAUCUUUUAUUUAUAACAUUUAUUAUAUAACUCUGUAUAAUCUAAAUUGUUGUGAUUUUAUUUAGUUUAAUUUAGACAAGACCUCUGAAUAAAUAUUUGUAAAAAGUAAUUUUAAAAAGUAACAAUUUCAUAAAGAUCACUUUGUAAUGUACAUUUAUUUACAAUAAACACAUUUUUAUCAGUACGGUUUCACUGGAAUUUUUUUCAACAAAAUUAAUGUUUCAUUGACAAGUAUUUAUGCAUGUAUGUGUAGAAGUAAAAAUAAUCAAUCUUCUCUCUAAUAACUUUAUACAUGGCUGUGUCACUGUAGAUGGGCUGCACAAAAUAAUCUUCCUGAGCCCACACCACAAAGUCACACCAAUGCAUUCCGGAGACCAGUAGUUGUCCCUGCACUUGCCAAUAGUAUGCAUGUUUUUUUUUUUUAGAGAAAUUGCCCCAUACUCCAUUUGCAAAUAUUUGCAGUCAACAAAGUUUUUGACAUUAGGGCAUUUAACUUCAACAAGCCCAAAUUGAGGGUGUUCAGUGGGAUCGAACACGACACCAUCAGGGGACGCACCAAUCCAGGGGGCAUCUGGAUGAACGAUUAAACCAUAAGGUGAGUAGUUAACAUUUCUCAACUUGCUGUACUCAACUGUCACCUCUGACUCCAAUUCUGCACCUCUUCUCAUUUCUGCUGUCUGCCUGCAUCCCCUGAUGAUGCGUUCGGCGAGGGACUCUGCAGAACUCAGGCCUCUGACAUGGCACAUCUCCCGAAAUCUGGAGGCUGUUACCCUUGGUUUGCGAAGGUCAUGCCACUCAGGACAAGAGCUUUGGUCAUGUGUUGCCGCCUCAAUUUUCUGAGCCAUAUCUAAUGUCAUGUUCAGACUCUGUAAGUGUAAGGACUGAUCCUCACUACAAACAAAUGUGCAUUCUGUUGGAGCAAGAUAGUAUCCUUCUAGAGGCAAAGGUGGACUCGGUGGUGCAUCAUGUAGGGUGAUGUAUCGUGAUGUUAACAGAGGUUGUUGGAAAGAUAAUGCACUUCCUUCCUGGACCAACCCAAAUGCACUCUCUACAAGUGGCUUUUCAGCUGUCAUGUUCAUGGUGGUAGCAAGUGGCUUGUCCUCAAGGCUGAAGUCUGCAUAUGC